UGACCCUGCGCCUGUGUCCCGCACCUCUCACAUCUGCUGGCUUUGGUUACAGGAAAGUCUCUGAAGAUUCCUAUCAAAUGACGUCAAUGGCCAGCUUGUUUUCUUUCACUAGUCCAGCCGUGAAGCGAUUGUUAGGCUGGAAACAAGGUGACGAGGAAGAAAAAUGGGCAGAAAAGGCCGUCGAUGCUUUAGUGAAAAAGCUGAAGAAGAAGAAGGGAGCCAUGGAGGAGUUGGAGAAAGCCUUGAGCAGCCCAGGGCAGCCGAGCAAGUGUGUCACUAUCCCCAGGUCCUUGGAUGGACGCCUACAGGUUUCUCACAGAAAAGGCUUGCCCCACGUCAUAUAUUGUCGUGUUUGGCGUUGGCCAGAUUUACAGAGUCAUCAUGAGCUAAAGCCAUUGGAUAUUUGUGAAUUUCCUUUUGGGUCUAAGCAAAAGGAAGUCUGUAUCAAUCCGUACCACUAUAAGAGAGUGGAAAGUCCAGUCUUACCUCCAGUGUUAGUGCCUCGCCACAACGAAUUCAAUCCGCAACACAGCCUUCUGGUUCAGUUUAGGAACCUGAGCCACAAUGAACCGCACAUGCCACACAAUGCCACCUUUCCAGAUUCUUUCCAACAGCCCAACAGCACCCCUUUCCCCGUGUCUCCCAACAGCCCCUACCCCCCUUCCCCCGCUAGCAGCGCAUACCCCAGCUCCCCGGCAAGCUCUGCUCCAGGAAGCCCGUUCCAGCUCCCAGCUGAUACACCACCUCCUGCCUAUAUGCCACCCGAUGAUCAGAUGGGUCAAGACAGCUCCCAGCCUAUGGAUACAAGCAGUAACAUGAUUCCUCAGACCAUGCCCAGCAUAUCCAGCAGAGAUGUUCAGCCUGUUGCCUACGAAGAGCCCAAACACUGGUGUUCAAUCGUCUACUAUGAACUAAACAACCGCGUUGGGGAAGCUUUUCACGCAUCUUCUACUAGCGUGUUAGUAGAUGGAUUCACAGACCCUUCAAAUAACAAAAGUAGAUUCUGCUUGGGAUUGCUGUCAAAUGUUAAUCGUAAUUCAACUAUUGAAAAUACUAGGCGACAUAUUGGAAAAGGUGUCCAUCUGUACUACGUAGGUGGGGAGGUGUAUGCCGAGUGCCUCAGUGACAGCAGCAUCUUUGUGCAGAGCAGGAACUGCAACUUCCACCACGGCUUCCACCCCACCACGGUCUGUAAGAUUCCCAGUAGCUGCAGCCUCAAGAUCUUUAACAAUCAGGAGUUUGCCCAGCUUCUGGCUCAGUCUGUCAACCACGGCUUUGAGGCUGUGUAUGAGCUCACCAAGAUGUGCACCAUUCGCAUGAGCUUUGUCAAGGGCUGGGGAGCGGAGUACCAUCGGCAGGAUGUUACUAGUACUCCAUGCUGGAUUGAGAUUCACCUCCAUGGGCCUCUCCAGUGGCUGGAUAAAGUCCUCACUCAGAUGGGCUCUCCUUUGAAUCCCAUCUCUUCUGUUUCAUAGUGCAGGCAUGCUCCUUUCGACUGUAUCUUCAGUGGACUUGUCUUAAUCCUAGAGGAAUUUCCAGUACAGACACUGUGAGCUGACAUGGAAAAACAGAUAUUAUGGCUUAUUUUUUUCUACAUAAUUGUGACCAACACAUUUGUAUUUUGUGAUGAAUUUAUAUUUGUUUGUAUUCAUGUUCAUUGUGAUUAACCUUCAAAAGUAUUGUAAACAAUGUAGAGUAUUUUGCCCCCAUUGAGAAGUUUGGCAUUGAUCUUAAACUGGAACAUGCUUUUGGUUAUUGUCCCAACAGUUUUUUAAUUUGUUAAUUUUUUACAAAGUAGUGCAUCAUAUAAUGAAGAUUUAUCUUGUAAGAGGGCAAAAAAAAAAACACACGAAAAGUACUAGAUGAUAAUGUUUCUGGUAAUUUCUUUGCCCUACCACCUUUGUUUUGCGAAGACAUAUGGUAGGGACUUAAAGGGAACUGCUGACUCUCAUUUGAAGGACACUGCACUCCUAACGUGACGUUCAGUGAAAGCAAGGUGGUGGAUUUCUAGAUGUCAUACAUUGGCAUUUAAUAUAGCGAAGUGUUUGUCAGUGGAAUGUGACUUCUUGCUAUAUAUCAUUUGUAAAACAUUUCCUUUUUAAAAAUCUCUAUUAUAUGUCGUUUACUCAA